CCAGUAUGUGUGACAGUUACCCUAAAUGUGACAUCCUCUUAUAGCCACUCAUAACACUUCUCACACACACACAUCUCCUGCCUUUAUACACUGCUAAUAAUCUUCAAUCCAGUGCAAGUGAUUGAUCGAUUUAGAAGUCGACUGCUCAAGGGACCGGAGGUAGUCAAGAAGUCAACUCAAGAAAACAGGGUUUGUACAGAGGGACCUGCAGAGAGAAGAUGUUGUGCAGCAGAGUAUUUGGGAUCAUUCUCUCCUGUGUCAGCCUUAUUUCCAUUCUCAUCAGCCUGCUGACAGAUUACUGGUUGGUCAACUUUGGCACAAAUCUGUUCCAUUCAGGAUUAUGGCAGAUUUGCACGAAGAAUGUAUGUCAGACAAUUGCAGGCAGUGGGUUUAUUGGUGCCACUCGUGGGCUUGUGAUCUUCUCCACGGCUCUCCUCCUGUUCGGCAUGGUGUCCGCCGGCUUGUCACUCAAUAACUUAUCUGUGGGGAGGAUCACUGCGUCCCUUCUAGCAGCCAUGCUCAAGUUCUUAGCAGCUAUCUUCCUUCUCGUUGGAAUGUCUGUAUACACCGGAGAAACUGUAAGUUCCGUUACUAAUGGGUCCUUUAACUACCAGUGGUCCUACUACCUCUGCUGGCUUGCGGUUUUCACGCUGAUCCUUUCCGGGCUGUGUAACUUUGUGGCUCACCAAACUUCACCAACGCCUGGGUAUGAAGCCGUCUGAACCAGAACAACUGCCUCAGAACCUCAGAAUCCCCAGCAAAUCCCAUUCCUUGUUUGCUUGAUAUUGACAAGGCAAAUUAAAGGGCUAAUAAGCCCUCACAAAAAGUAUAAUUUGUAUCAGUGUUUGAAGCUUUCAUUGUUUUUUUGGCCGCCGCAAUUCUCAAUAAAAUAAUUUUGUUGUUUCUGUA